AUGUCUUCAGUCACUCCCGCGACUGGCGCUCUCUUGGCCAAAACUCUGACUUCGCCCGCUGCCCUGGGUUUUGUGCCGGUUGCUGCGCACUUUCAUUUGUUCCGUCUCCUCUCUGACAUCAACAAGCCCGCCACAGGUGAGGAUGUACUCGACGCCUACAAGGCUACCCUUGGCAAUGGCGCGACCCCUGUCCCGUCCGUUGUUUUGAUUCAGGAUACCCUCUAUGCCAUGAGUGGCCUGGGUCUGGUGGACCUUGCCGGAGUGGAUUUGUAUAGUGCAAACGCUCUCACCCGCCAUCUCGCAGAAUCUCCUUCGGCUGUUCAUGGAGCGGUUCAUUUUACGACCGAAGCUCUUCUGGCAGCGGCCUUUCUCAUGCCGAAGCUCAAGGCCGAGAACUUUGCCUAUCCGUUCAAAGAGUGCGACACACCAAUGCAGUAUGCCUACAAAAUGAUGGGCAGGGAGGAAUACACAAACCAGCACACAUACUCGAUCAUGGCCGCGGAAGGCCGCAUGGAGAGUUUCAACACUUUCAUGGUGGGCAAGUUUUUCAAGCCGAGAAAGACCCCCGACCGGCUGCAUGCGCUGGGUUAUGACCUUGCCUCGGUUGUCAAGGAGGCUGGCCCGUCCACGUCGACCACCAUGGUGGAUAUUGGUGGCGGCCGUGGUGAACUCCUUCUGGAAAUCCAGGAGGCAUACCCACAGUUCCAAUCCUCUGAUCUCGUGGUGGAGGAGUUCAACGACGAUCUCGGUGAUGUACCCGGGAUCACCAUGAUCGGCUGGAACUACAAAGAGGAGGACAGCCCACAGCCUGUGCGCGGGGCACUCGUCUACCACCUUGCGCAUAUCCUGCACAAUCUGCCUGACCUCGAUGCAGCACGGUUGAUGCAAAAGGUAUCCGAAGCUAUGGCUCCGCACUCGCGGCUGCUUGUGCACGAGUUCUCGAAGAACGUAAAUUACGCCAAGAUGCACUCAAGCAUGGCUGUUCUUUACGGCGGGCGAGAAAGGACGGGCACGGAAUGGCGUCGCAUGGCGGCACUCGCUAAUCUCACGGUUACUUUUGAGGCGUAUCCGGAACUCGGAGAGGGGGUGGUGGAAUUUAGGAGUAAGGACAGUAUCCAAUGA